CUCUUUACGCAUGCGUGUCGUUUGUUUCAGGCUGUCGCAUCUCGAGUAUCGUGGCGAAGAGUUGUUUGGUUAUUCGAUCUUCUAUCUGCCAAAAAAUUAUUGAAAAUGUCGGGAAAGUCUAAGGCAUUUACGAAAGAAGAGGAGCUAUUGUUACAAGAUUUCUCCAGAAAUGUCUCAACGAAAUCCUCGGCGUUAUUCUACGGCAAUGCUUUCAUCGUUUCGGCGAUACCCAUCUGGUUGUUUUGGAGAAUACAUCUAAUUGAUCUGUAUUCCAAUUUAAUCUCUUUUGUAUUGGUUACAUUGGCAAGUACAUAUGCUCUUGCAUUGGCAUAUAAAAAUACAAAAUUCAUCCUCAAGCAUAAGAUUGCUGUUAAAAGGGAAGAUGCUGUAACGAAGGAAAUAAGCCGCAAACUUGCAGAAGAUAAGAAAAUGAGCAAGAAAGAAAAAGAUGAAAGGAUUUUGUGGAAGAAGAACGAAGUGGCAGAUUACGAAGCAACAACAUUUUCAAUUUUCUACAAUAAUGCCCUUUUUUUGGCAUUUGUUAUUGUAUCUUCGUUUUACAUUCUGAAAACAUUCACACCUGCAGUAAACUAUAUACUUUCCGUAGGAGUUACUAGCGCGGUCUUAGCAUUAUUAUCGACAGGAUCUCAGUAAUGUAUGUUAUUUAAUUCCUAUAUAUUCUACUCAACUGAUUUCACAAGAUAUCAAUUUGAUUUACUUAUUUUAAUAUGAACACAAUCAUAUAAUAUAUAGAUAAUAUUUCCAUUUAUAAUAAUUUCCAUUUAUAAUAAAAGAUGAUUUGCUAUCAAUUAUGCGUUAUUUCUAUGCAAGUUAACUAACAUGUUUAAACUAUAAAAAUCACUGAUUCUAUUAUUCAUUGAUCAUUAUAUUCAAAAAUUGUUCAUAUUAAAUAUCAUAUAUUCUAUUGUACUGAUUUAAUACUUUAUCUGUAUAAACAAUAUCAAUUUAUGUAAAGAUUUUACAUAAAUAUGUACAUUUAUAUAUAUAUAUUAUCUUAAGCUUGCUUUGGAUGAUAUAUAAUAAUGCAAUGCAGCAAAAUUCAAGAUAAUUCUAUAUAGAAUUUUAGAAUUGUAUUGCAUAUCCUAAUAAUCCUAAUUAUCAGUUCAUACAUAUAUGUAUUUUAUUUCAAAUAAAUAAUAAAUAAAAUUAUAACAAUAGAAUUUUGUCUUCAAUUUUCUUGCAAAUUAUAAAUCACUUAAAGCAGGUUUUAAGAAUUACAUUAUCAACAAUUAUUAUGAUUAUUAUUAUGAUGAUUGAUUUCGAUAAGUUUAUAAAGUGAGUGUCUUCAGAUGUAGCAUUUUUUUUUUUUUUUGUAAGAUGGAUUUUUUUGGAAUUUAAGAAUAUUGUUUUUUUUCAGACAAAAAUAGGUUUAUAUUAAAAGUUAUAGGUUUAUAUUAAUAAAGAGAAAUUAAUAAUUAUUUUAUAUACAGGAUGUUAAAAAAUUAGACCGACAAACUUUGAAAGUAAAUAGAGGAUUCGAAAAUAAACAUUUUUUGUUAAUGAUAUUCCUCUUUUGUUCUAGUCUUAUAUUAUAUUCAAAUUCUCAAUACAAUAGGUCUUUAGUUCAUUCAUUAACAUUUACGAGAGAAUGAUUCUUUUAGAAAGGACAAGGACAACAACGUUCAGCAAGAAGUCUGAUUUGAAGAGCGAGUUUUUAUACAAGUAGAAGAAAAUACUUUCACUAGUAGUAUUAAAACUAAACGUUGAAGAGAAAAAUAAUUUUAUUAGAAAUGUUUCUUUUGAAAUCCUCUAUUUAUCUUCAAGGUUUGUCGGUCUAAUUUUUUAACACCCUGUAUAUCACGAUUUUUAAGUUAGUUAAUUUUUAGUCUAGGAAAAAACCUCUUUUAUUCGUCAUGUGUUUAUGCUAAAAUUUUAUUUUUUGGCUGGAUUCAUAGAAAGGAGCAAUUUAGGACAAUUAACUAAGAUUAAAUAAUGACUAAUUAAUAAUAAGUUGAUCAAUUUAUUAUAACUGUAUGUUAAAAUAGAAUAGUGUCUAUUACAACAUUUCGUAAUAUAGAUAAAUAUUUAAUAAUAAAGAACACAAAAAUAUAUGUAAUGCAAUACAUUAUAUUCGAUAUCGCCGACUUACA